UCCCCCUCCCUCCCCGUUUGCCGGAGCUCUCGGCCGGGACAGGCCGCAUCCUCCGACAGCCUGAGUGUCCGAGGCCGGCCCCGGGCACGGCAGCCUCCCCGAGGAGCGCACCAUGAGCCAGUCACACGCAGGACCGCUGGCUACCUACAACAGCCUGACGGACAAACACUUGACGGGAUAUUUCAACAACACAAGGAUUCGGAGACACCUUCAGCGAGCUGGAUUGGUCACCAGGAAUGGAAGGAUAGUGUCGGAGAAGGAAUAUCGUCUCAACAUAGUUCGAAAAGACCAUCAGAAGUAUGUGCGGGAGAGUUUGGCCCAGGCUAUAUUCCACAAGGUCCUCGAUAUGGAGCGGCACCAUCAACUUGAAAUCAAGAAGAGGUUGGAGGAUUUUGCCAGGAGAGAACGUGUCCAAAGGAUCAAGGACAAGGGCAUCACAGGCCAGGCCAGCAUUUAUUGCCCAUCCCUAAUUGCCCAGAGGGCAGUUAAGAGUCAACCACAUUGCUGUGGGUCUGGAGUCACAUGUAGACUAGACCAGGUUGAGCGUGCUAGGAGGUCUGAUGAAGAUAUCAUCCCGUUCCUCUCCCCUCGUCCCCCAGAUUUUCCUCGUAAUUGUCACCACAGUGUCUCAAGGCCAGAUGUGGAACACUCUGAUUCCUCAACAUCUCCUUCGUCCCCACGGCCCAGCACAGCCCCAGGGAAAUUGCAGCGCCCGGUGAGACUCCUCCCUCUCCAAAGCAAUGGAGCAGCAGCAGUGAUCACAACACCGCCCUCACCGUACCUCCGGCACAAGGAGCAGCACCCGGACGUGACCAAGGACACCAACUCCAAGUCUCUCCACGGGCCGCACCAAGACUUGGUCAGGAAUUGGCACACCUUGGAUUUUCCCACUGGGAUGUCUCCCUACCGUCUCCCAGUGAUCAAUAACUAUGUAACUCCAGUCCCACCAGCACCACGCAAGCGAGAGAAGAAUGGAUGCUUGAGGGGCAGGAGAUUGCGGCCGACCACCGCUCCGAAUGGCCCAGCCAACCUGCCAGCAAAGGAGAUUGCAAAGUCACACCGAGCUGUCACACACAGCAAUGUCUUGGUCACGAUGGUUUACCGUGGGAAACAUCUACAUCUCUCGUACGACCAGGCAGAGGCCAGGGAUGAGGUCAAAGUUCAUCAACAGCACUGCGGUGGUGAAAACCUGUGCGUCUACAAAGGGAAGCUUCUAGAAGCAGAGAAAUUCCAGUUUGUAUCCCGCCGACACUCGGGUUUCCCCUUCAGCCUCACCUUCUUCCUCAACGGCAUCCAGGUGAAUCGCCUAAGCUCCUGCUGUGAAUACAGACACCGCAAGGGCUCUCGGCUUGGCGGCAAGCAGGCUUACUUUGCUUUUCUGGAUGUGGAUGGAGCAUCCCCAUGUUACAAAUGUAUUAUCACCAUGGGUUUGGACAAAAAACCCACACCACCUCCAAAACGGAUGAAAGAAGAAGUGGUGAAGGAAAUGGAGAAAGUAAAACAGGAGCCUACAAAAGACAAAGAGAAAUUAACUGUAGUGAAUGCCAGCGGGGAAACUAGUCAGGAAGAGGCAAUGACAGCGGAAUCCUCAAUUGAAGAGGAAAGAGUGAAUGAAGAGGAGAGAAUGCAUGAAGAUGAAGGUGGAAGUUCACCAACUAGGACCCAAGAUGGAAGUUCCAAGGAGGAGUAUGACGAUGAUUUUGAAGAGGGAGAGAAAACAAGUGAGGAGGUGGAACAGAAGGGUGAGAGAAAGUCACCAGCAGACCUGCAGGAGAGAUGGAUCUCAGAUGAUGAACAGCAAAGUGAGAAUUCGGAUGUUCAGGAUGAACGAUCAGUUAGUGAGAAGGAACACACUGACUCCUCCGAUAGUGAAAGUGAAGAGGAAAUGUCCCGAUCACAAGGGUCAUCGCAAAGUUCAUCUUAUUCUCCAAGAAGCAGUGAAAUAUCUGAUGUCGAAAGACUGGAAGGGGAGAAGACUGAUGAUGAAGAACAGGAAAAAUUGACCCUUUCUGAAGAUGAGGGUGAGCCCACAACUGCCAAAAAUCUGGGAGCAGCUCCAGGAGAAUCCGAGCAGGAGAGCUGUGAGGUGAAAGCUGUAAAUAACAAUGGGAGGGAGGAUAAAAAAGUCACAGGAGCAGAGGCUUUGGUUGAGGGUGAAGUAGAUUCUGAAAAGCAAACUAUCCGGUCUUCAAGGGGAGAGGAUCAGUCACUGCAGACAGCAGGCAGAGGCCCUGAGGAAAAAGUUGGAAUGGAUGAAGCUGACAAGGAGUCAAAGGCAAAUCCAGAGAACAGCAACAAGGAAGGUGCAGAAACAGAUGAAGAACCUUUAGUAACUUUUGGAAUUCACGACAGUCAUUCCAAAGACGUAGCGUUGAGAGGUAGUGAGGUGAGCGUGUGUACUGCGGAGCUCUCUGUGUCUGGGAGAUCUGUUGGCACGCUGUCCCUCGAUGUUACAGGGAAGCUCAAAUCCGUUCAGCAGAAAAUCGCAGAUGCCAUUAAAGAGGACAGGAGUUGUAAUUCGGAACCAGAACCUAGUGAUUCCAGCACUGAGGAGGAGGAGAUGGCAAGCAGAGACGAUACGGAGACGGCGUGGGUGCAAAGGCUGGAGAAUGAUAUCCCAUCAGCUCGAGGGGUCUCGACUGGUAUUACACUAUCGGUGGGAAUGACACCAGAGCCAUUGACUGGUCCAUUAAAUCGGAAUCCUGGGGAGCCAAUUACAACACUGGAAGUGAAAGGGUUAGCAGUUGAAUGUAGAAUUCCAGAGGUUGAAGUAUGCAACUCAGGAGGAGGGACAGUGCAAAUUGGUGGGAUUGAAGGCACUGCCAUUACGCCAAUGAGAGAGGCUGCAGAAGAGAAAGUGAUUUGUGAAGGGCCUUUAUCUCUUCCCAGGCAUGCAGAAGAAGCAAUUUUUGGAAAUGGGGAAAGACUUUGGGACUGGUCAAUACCACAAGUACAAGAAACAGAAGGAGGAAGAGGAAGAUUCUGUGAAGAAAAGGGCAAGAAGAUCAAAGGCGAGAAAGUGUGGGAGGGAGAUGAAAGUCAAACCAGAGGAGCUGGAGUUGGAGAGGAUUCAAGGUUAGGAGACCGAGUGUUGGCUGCGCACAAACAGAGAGGAGCAACCUAUGCAGAACCUGAUCCUGUAGAGCCUGAGAGCGACAAACAAGCUGCAUGCAAGAUGAAAAAUCAGUGUGCACUGGAGAACACAGAGCAGAGUGUGUCAGCAGUGAACAUACAGUCUAAAGCUCACCCACUGAGCCUGGGAGUACCUGCUGUGGAGAAAAGAGAAUGUGUAAUUUAUGAGAAAACUGAGAGAGCACGAUCAUCCAUCUCAAUGCUGAGCCCUCUACGCAAUGUCAGAGGAAGAAGAAUGGUGGGACCUAGUGUCAAACAGGAGGGGAAACCAGAGCUGAUAAGGGAUGUACAGGAGGGAGGGUUGAGUCGACCAAUACACUAUUCCAAUGAUUUGGGAAGUAGGAAUGAAGGCAUCAAGAAAGUGACAUCGCCAACCGCAAACAUGGGAUUAAAACUUGAGAAACUGAAUAGUAGGAUGCCAAGAAACCUCUUCAUUCCAGAGCAAGAUGCCAGAGAACAGGAGAUGACUGUGCCAGGUUACACAGGCAUUCCCAGAACAUCAUGGAACUACGUUCCAGAUGCGGAGAGCGAACACUUGAAAGGUGUGGAAUCAGAAAAGCAGAAGAAGGACAUGAAUAUAGAAGCUCUGAGAUGGACAUAUCCAGAUAUUGGGAAUGUUCAGGAAGCAAAAGAUAAGGAAUUCCCUGAAAAGUCAGUGUCCAAACACCUUGAAGAAGAAUGUGAACCAAUAAGUGAGAGGUACAAAGAUCCUGAAGAAGAUUCUGACAUUGGAAUGUUGUUGUUGGAUACUCUCAGGGCUAACACUGAACCAGAAGGGAAUGGUUCAGAAGAUAAUGGUUUAGUGGGAAACAUAUUAGAGAUUCUUGAUGGUGCAAAAGAUCUAAGGAUGGGUUUCUUACCGAUUGGAAUUGAUCAGGAAGUCAACAGAAGUAAUCUAGCCUUGGCAGCUUGUAAUCCAGAACUGUUCCCUUCUGGAGCCAGUGGUAAAGAGAACAUGGAAGCUGCUUUGGAAGAGAUGUUAGAAGAGAAGGGGAUUUGUGGAGAAGGUGAAGUCAAAGAAGUGAUUGUUUCUAUGUUAAAUUCCAAAUAUUCAAGUGUGGAGAAGGGAGGAAGUGGUGGAGAUAUAGUACAAGUGGAAUACCUGCUUGUUGAAUCAGGUGUACGGGUGACAGAUGCUGAUCUUGAUGGUCCAUCAAAAGCACCAUCAGGUGAAACUGUGGUCAGCCCACAUGCUGGACUCAGAGCAAGUUCAGAAAUACAAAUGGAGGAGCCAGCUGAGCUGGAUUCUGAGAGGAAGGAGGACUUGGCAGAUCCUGUGGGUGAGGCUGAGAUUCAUAAAGAGAGAAUAGUGGAAGCAAGUUCAGGGGGAAAUGUGGGGGAAGUGGACUUGAGGUGGCUGACUGUAGAGGAUGAACAAAGUGAAAAAACCCUGAGUAAGAGGGCAGUGCAGAGACUGGAGCCGGUGCCAGGUGACUUUGUGAAUUGCAGUGAAUCUCUCUCACUGGUCACUGAAGAAAAAGGUCAAGGAGCAUCAGGUCUGCAGAAGGGGGGAGGGCUGGGGAUCGAGGAGGGUUUAGAAGCGUUAGACAAUGAUGCUGAAACUUGGCCACUCGUGGGAGAGGAGAAGAGUGUGAAAUUUCAGGGUGAAAAGUCAGAUUCACAAGACAUGAUAGGCUGGCCACAACUUGUCGAAGGAGAGCAGGCAACUGCAGAAUCUCAGGCAGCAAUACGCAGGGCAGGGCAAAAACCUCAUAAACAGAGAUCAGAAAAUCAUUGGGAAUGUAUGACACCAGAGGCAAAAGCUGAUCCCAGUGCAAAGGAAGGACUGGGUGAUUUGAAGACCAGGAAACCCAGAGCUGCAAAGCAGCAUGUGGAAAAGCCAAAAGCCAAAGAGGUUGUGAAUCAAACAGAAGUAGAGCACUUGGUGACAGAUUCAAGAGCAGCUGAAAUAGAACCAAGAACGACCUUAGGAAGAGUUGAUGAGAGCUCAGUUAGUCAAAGGCUGUUGGCCACGGGACAGAAUCAAUUCAGAGAACCAGAAGGAAUGCAGGACAGGGAAACAGUUUCUGAAACAUGUGACCAGGAAACAGAGCUGGAAACAGAAAACAAGGAAAUAAUGUCUGAAAUGCAGGGCAAGAAAAAGAUAUCUAAAACACAGGAUCAGCAACUAGCACCAGAAAAACAGGACAGUAUACUAGUCUCAGGAAAACAAGGUAGGAAAACAGUGCCUGAAACACCUGACCAGGAGACACUGUCUGAAACUCAGGACAGUGAAACAGUUCCAGUAACACCAGAAACGGAAAAUAUGUCUGAAAUAGUUGAGCAGAGAACAGCAUCAGAAAUUCAUGCCCAGAAAACUAGGCGAGGGAUGCAGGACAUAGAAACAGUGUCAGAAACACAGGACCAGGUAACAAUGUUAGACACACAAAACAAGCAAACAGUGCCUGAAACACAGGACCAGGACACAGCGUCAGAAAUAAGCUUACAGGGAACAACAUCAAAAACACGGGAACUGAAAACAGCAUCUGAAACCCAGGAUCUGGAAACAGUCUCUGAAACACAGGGCCAAGAUACAGUGUCUGAAACACAGGACCUGGAAACAGUCUCUGAAACACAGGACCAGAGUACAGCAUUGGAAACACUUUUCUGGGAAACUGUGUCAGCGACAGAAGACAUAGAACCAUUGUCCAAAAUUGUCCAAGAAACACUGUCAGAAUCACAUGGCAAAGAAACGAUGUCUGAAACACAGGGCCAAGAUACAGUGUCUGAAACACAGGGCCACGAUACAGUGUCUGAAACACAGGGGCAGGAAACAGUACCUGAAACACAGGAGCAAGAUACAGUGCCUGAAACACAGGGGCAGGAAACAGUGUCUGAAACACAGCACCAUGAUAGAGUGUCUGAAGCACAGGAGCAAGAUACAGUGUCUGAAACACAGGGGCAGGAAACAAUGCCUGAAACACAGCACCAUGAUAGAGUGUCUGAAGCACAGGAGCAAGAUACAGUGUCUGAAACACAGGGGCAGGAAACAGUAUCUGAAACUCAGGACCAAGAUACAGUGCCUGAAACACAGGAGCAAGAUACAGUGCCUGAAACACAGGGGCAGGAAACAGUGCCUGAAACACAGGGGCAGGAAACAGUGCCUGAAACACAGCACCAUGAUAGAGUGUCUGAAACACAGGAGCAAGAUACAGUGCCUGAAACACAGGGGCAGGAAACAGUGUCUGAAGCACAGGAGCAAGAUACAGUGCCUGAAACACAGGGGCAGGAAACAAUGCCUGAAACACAGCACCAUGAUAGAGUGCCUGAAACACAGGGGCAGGAAACAAUGCCUGAAACACAGCACCAUCAUAGAGUGCCUGAAGCACAGGAGCAAGAUACAGUGUCUGAAACACAGGAGCAGGAAACAGUAUCUGAAACUCAGGACCAAGAUACAGUGCCUGAAACACAGGAGCAAGAUACAGUGUCUGAAACACAGGGGCAGGAAACAGUGCCUGAAACACAGCACCAUGAUAGAGUGUCUGAAACACAGGAGCAAGAUACAGUGCCUGAAACACAGGGGCAGGAAACAGUGUCUGAAACACAGAAGCAAGAUACAGUGCCUGAAACACAGGGGCAGGAAACAAUGCCUGAAACACAGCACCAUGAUAGAGUGCCUGAAACACAGGGGCAGGAAACAAUGCCUGAAACACAGCACCAUGAUAGAGUGUCUGAAACACAGGAGCAGGAAACAGUAUCGGAAACACAGGAGCAAGAUGCAGUAUCUGAAACUCAGGACCAAGAUACAGUGCCUGAAACACAGGAGCAAGAUACAGUGUCUGAAACACAGGAGCAGGAAACAGUAUCGGAAACACAGGAGCAGGAAACAGUAUCGGAAACACAGGAGCAUGAUACAGUAUCUGAAACUCAGGACCAAGAUACAGUGCCUGAAACACAGGAGCAAGAUACAGUGCCUGAAACACAGGAGCAGGAAACAGUAUCUGAAACUCAGGACCAAGAUACAGUGCCUGAAACACAGGAGCAAGAUACAAUGUCUGAAACACAGGAGCAGGGAACAGUAUCGGAAACACAGGACCAAGAUACAGUGUCUGAAAUGCAGGAGCAGGAUACAAUCUCUGAAACACAGGACCAGAGUACAGCAUUGGAAACCCUUUUCUUGGAAACUGUGACAGCGACAGAGGACGUAGAACCAUUGUCCAAAAUUGUCCAAGAAACACUGUCAGAAUCACAUGGCAAAGAAACAGUGUCUGAAACACAGGAGCAAGAUAUAGUGUCUGAAACACAGCACCAUGAUACAGUGUCUGAAACACAGGAGCAGGAAAUAGUAUCGGAAACACAGGAGCAGGAAACAGUAUCAGAAACACAGCACCAUGAUACAGUGCCUGAAACACAGGAACAAGAUACAGUGUCUGAAACACAGGAGCAGGAAACAAUCUGUGAAACACAGGACCAGAGUACAGCAUUGGAAACCCUUUUCUGGGAAACUGUGUCAGCGACAGAGGACAUAGAACCAUUGUCCAAAAUUGUGCAAGAAAUACUGUCAGAAUCCCAUGGCAAAGAAACAGUGUCUGAAACACAGGGCCAAGAUACAGUGUCUGAAACACAGGAGCAGGAAACAGUGACUGAAAUACAGCACCAAGAUACAUCAUCUGAACCACAGGCGCAGGAGACUGUAUGUAAAACACAGAUCCGAGAAACAGUGUCUGAAACACAGUACCAAGAAACAGUGACUGAAACACAGCACCAUGAUUCUGUGUCUGAAACACAGGAGCAGGAAACAGUAUCUGAAACACAGGAGCAGGAAACAGUAUCUGAAGCACAGUAUCAAGAAGCAGUGUUUGAAACACAGGACCAAGUCACAAUGUCAGAAAAACAAGGCAAGGAAACACUGUAUGAAAUACAGAAACAGGAAACAAUGUCUGAAACACAAGACCAGGAAGCAGUGUCAGAAACACGGGACAAGAAAGUAGUAUCUGAAAUACAGGACCAAGAAAUAAUGCCUGCAGUGCAGGAUGGAGGAAACACAAUGUCAGAAACACAGGACCAGGAAACAGUAACAGAAACACCAGACAAGGAUUUAACAUCUGAAACACAGGACCAGGAAUCCAUUUUAGGAUCACAUGACAUGGAAACAGUGUCAGAAAUGCAGAUCCAGAAGACAGCAUCAGAAACACAAGACAAUGAAAUAGUGGCAGAAACACAGGAGCAGGACACAGUAUUUGAAAAACAGAAGACAAUAACACAGUCAGAUAUCGAUGCUGAUGAAACACUGCCAGAACCACAAAGCAUGGACACAACAGCAGGAAUACAGGAGAUGAAAACAAUGUCUAAAACACAUGGCCAGGAAACAUGGCCAGAAACACAAAUCAACAAAAUAAUGACAAAAUCACAAAUCAGGGAAAUAAAGUCAGAAGCACAAAGUCUGAAAACUGUAUCAAAAAGACGGGAGAAAGAAACAGUAUCGGGAACACAUGGCAGGGAAUCAGAAGAAGAUGCACAGAUUGCUAAAAAUAUAUCUGAAACACAGGAGUCAGAAACGGCACCACAAACGCAGAUCACGGAAACAGUAUCAAAAGCACAGCACGAGGAAUCAGGGUUCAAAGUACAGGACAAAGAGAUAAUGUCAGAAACUCAGGCCCAGGAAAUCAUAUCUGAAGCGCAGUACCAAGGAUCAGUGACAGAAACACAGGAUAAGGACACUGUGUCAGAAAGACAUGCCAAAGAAAUAGAGUCAGAAACAGCGGACCUGGAAACAAUGAUAAAAAUACUAGAUGGUGAAAAUGUCAUCAGACUACAAGACUCAGAAAUAGUAUCAGAAAAACAGGUCAGGGAAGUUUUAACUGAAAUACAGGACAUUGAUCCUGGUCUAGAAACACAUCACCUGGAGCUUGUACAAGCAACACAGGCCACCAAGGGCUUGGGAAAAGCACAGCCGGAAUAUAUCAGGCCUGAAACAGAGAAAAUAGAAUCAGAGAGAGAAAUUCAGAUCAAGGACCUGGGGUUGGAACCUGAGCUAGUGUCAGAAGACAGGCCGAUAGAGUCAGAAACAACAGUCAUUAACGCAUUGGGGGAAACACAGGACAGGGAGGGAGCGGUGGGUAGAGAUGCAGUGGUGGAAACAGAAUACAGGUGGAUGGUGGCAGAAGCACAGGAGAGGGGACCUGUGCUAGACACAGAUGGCAGGGAGACAGUGGUGGAAACAGAAAAGGAACGCAUUAUACAAACACAGAAUAUGGAGACAGUAGGAGGAAUACAGGACAGGGAUGCAGUCAUAGAAAUUCAGAAUUUGGAGGCAGUGGUGGAAACACAAGAUGGGGAGUCAAUGCUAGAAACACAGGAUUGGGAUGCAACUCAGGGAAUGCAGGAUGAGGACUAUGUAACAGCAACACAAGACAGGGAGGCAGUUGCAAAAACACAGGAGAGUGAAAUAGUGUUAGAAAGACAAGACAUAGAGGCAGUGAUAGAAAUUCAGGAUUUGGAAACAAUGGUAGAAACACAGUUCAGGGAGGUAACGGGCAAAACUCAAGACAGGGAUGUAAUGGGGGAAACCCGGGAUAAACAUUGUACGAUAGAAACACAGGACAGGGAGAUCACUGAGGAGACACAGUACAGGGAGAUAGUUGUAGAAACACAGGGCUUGGAGGAUGUGGUAAAAAGAAAGCACAGGGAGGCUCUGCUAAAGACACAGCACAAGAGUUCUGUGGUGGAAACACAAAACAGGGAGACUGUGGAAGAUAUACAGAACACAGGGAUAGUGGUGGCAGCACAGGAUGGAAGCACUGUGGUGGAGACACAGGACAGGGAGGUGGUGAUAGAAACACAGGGCAAGGAGGUGGUGAUAGAAAUGCAGGACAGGGAGGCAGUGAUUGAAACACAGGACAGGGAGCUGGUGAUAGAAACGCAGGACAGGAAGGUGACGAUAGAAAAACAAUACGGUGUGGCAGUGAUAGAAACACAGGACAGGGAGGCAGUUAAAGAAACACAGGAUGGAGAGUUGGUGAUGGAUAUUCAGGACAGGGAGGCAGUGAUAGAAACACAGGAUGGGGAGGCAGUGAUAGAAACACGGGACAGGGAGGCGGUGAUAGAAACACAGGAUGGGGAUGCAGUGAGAGAAACACAGGACAGGGAGGCAGUGAUAGAAACACAGGACAGGGAGGCGGUGAUAGAAACACAGGACAGGGAGGCAGUGAUAGAAACACAGGACAGGGAGGGGGUGAUAGAAACACAGGACAGGGAGAUGGUGAUAGAAACACAGGAUGGGGAGGCAGUGAUAGAAACACGGGACAGGGAGGCAGUGAUAGAAACACAGGAUGGGGAUGCAGUGAGAGAAACACAUGACGGGGAGGCAGUGAUGGAAACACAGGACGAGGUGUCAGUGAUAGAAACACAGGACAGGGACAUGGUGAUAGAAACACAAGAAAGAGAGGCAGUGAUAGAAACGCAGAACAGAGAGACAGUGAGAGUAACACACGACAGGGAGUCAGUGAUAGAAACACAGGACAGGGAGGUGGUGAUAGAAACACAGGACAAGGAGACAGUGAUAGAAACACAGGAUGUGGUGUCAGUGAUAGAAACACAGGAUGGGGAGGCAGUGAUAGAAACACAGGAUGGAGAGGAAGUGAUAAAAACACAGGACAAGGAGACAGUGAUAGAAAUACUGGACAGGGAGGCAGUAAUAGAAACACAGGACGGGGAGGCAGUGAUAAAAACACAGGACAGGGAGGCAGUGAUAGAAACACAGGACGGGGUGUCAAUGCCAGAAACACAGGACAAGGAGGCAGUGAUAGAAACACAGGACAGAGAGGUGGUGAUAGAAACACAAGACAAGGUGGUGGUGAUAGAAACACAGGACGGGGAGGCAGUGAUAGAAACACAGGACAGGGAGGCAGUGAUAGAAACACAGGACAGGGAAGCGAUGAUAGAAACACAGGACAGGGAGGCAGUGCUAGAAAUGCAGGAUAGGGAGGCGGUGAUAAAAACACCGAACAGGGUGGCAGUGAUAGAAACACAGGACAGGGACGCGGUGAUAGAAACACAGGACAGGGUGGCAGUGAUAGAAACACAGGACAGGGUGGCAGUGAUAGAAACACAGGACAGGGAGGCAGUGAUAGAAACACAGGACAGGGUGGCAGUGAUAGAAACACAGGACAGGGAGGCGGUAAUAAAAACACAGGACAGGGAGGCAGUCAUAGAAACACAGGACAGGGAGGCAGUGAUAAAAACACAGGACAGGGAGGCAGUGAUAGAAACACAGGACAGGGUGGCAGUGAUAGAAACACAGGACAGGGAGAUGGUGAUAGAAACACAGGAUGGGGAGGCAGUGAUAGAAACACGGGACAGGGAGGCAGUGAUAGAAACACAGGAUGGGGAUGCAGUGAGAGAAACACAUGACGGGGAGGCAGUGAUGGAAACACAGGACGAGGUGUCAGUGAUAGAAACACAGGACAGGGACAUGGUGAUAGAAACACAAGAAAGAGAGGCAGUGAUAGAAACGCAGAACAGAGAGACAGUGAGAGUAACACACGACAGGGAGUCAGUGAUAGAAACACAGGACAGGGAGGCAGUGAUAGAAACACAGGACGGGGAGGCAGUGAUGGAAACACAGGACAGGGUGGCACUGAUAGAAACACAGGACUGGGAGGCAGUAGGGAGCACCAGGAAUCCGCGUACGGCCCCUGACACUAUGAACACGGAAACAAUGGAAGAGACCCAGAGGCUGGAGCCUGUUAGAGGUUGGCAUUUGGGGAAAAGAAGUGGAAAGGCAGCUCGUGGAUAUUCCAGCAGUCUGACUGAGACAAACUUACCCAUUUCCACUCAUCGGUCAGUACGGCACAGGAGGAGCCUGGAUAGGGACAACACCUUCCCUCAGGCUUGGAGCUUCUCUAACCUUCCAGACUGGGCAAUGGGACAGUUAGAACCUAUAAACAGAGUGGACACCGUUCUGAGAGCUGCUGGAGAGACGCCAUCCAGGUCAGCAUCACCCAGUGAGAGAGAGCAAAGAGAAUGCUUCUCCAACCAGCGCCGUGAUACCGAUUUGACAAAUCUCCUGCCAGAAGCCAGUGCGACCUCAGACACUCCGCAUUUGAUUUGUGUGACUCCUGUUACCCAGCAUGGAGACAGCACUUUCAGUUUAUUAUCACAGCCAGAAACUGACAGAGAGCAGGAUCCUGUGAGACCAGGAUCCUACAGCCUAACCUGUACUCCACUGCAGUAACCCCAGUGAUAUCAAAGGUGAGUUUUCCGAUAAUGUGACUUAGCAAGGAAAAGCAUUGGGAAAACAGCCUGUCUCUUGGAUCGUCUAAGCCAGACCAGCAGGAACGAGCACAAGCAAGAGCCGAGACCUGAUUGGUGUAGUGCCUCAUGAAUCCUGAGUGAAUCUGCGACUUCUUAGACAUGAAGCUCAUCUUCGUUCUUAAUGCACCAGCUUUGGAAAUGUGGCCGUGGCGAAUGCCUCUCGGCCGCAUUGCAUGGAAUGCAAUAUUGGAACCUUGUCUCUUAACA